CUUCUCUUCCCUCUUUCCCAAACAGAAAUCUGAUAUAGGUUAUAUAUGUACAAUCUAAAUAUAAAAUUAAACUGUAAUUAUAUAAUUACAAAUAUUUUGAGACAUUUUGUAAGAAUUAAAAGUAAUCCAGGGGCAGCUGGGUGGUGCAGUGGAUAAGUCACCAGCCCUGGAUUCAGGAGGACCUGAGUUCAAAUAUGGCCUCAGACAUUUGACACUUACUAGCUGUGUGACCCUGGACAAGUAACUAAACCCUCAUUCCCCUGCAAAAAAAAAAAAAAGUAAUCCAUCAAGAUCACAUGUGCUUACUAUUUUCUGCAAAACUUCAUAUUAAAUUCCUUUAUUUUAUAAACUUACUUGAAUAGAAAUCACAUUCUAAUGAACUGUUACAACCUGGAGACUAUUUAACAUAAUAUUAUAAUCACACAUAAGCUUACAUUCAAUGUUGUACAUUUUAAAAUUUAAAGAAAGGUUUGCAAUGUCUGGCUCAACACCAGACACAAUCUUAAAUUUGUUUCCACAUCAAGUUUAUUUCUAUAUUUUGAUUUAACACAAGAAAGUGAAAAUGUUCAUUCAUGCAAAUAUGUACAGGAAAGGGUAGAUAAGUUUACAAGCUCUUACUGAGAACUGGAAAUUCAUUUUUUAUUUUCAGCCAGAAAACAUACGGGACUGUCAUUUUUAAGUGAUGUUUAGUCUAAAAUCCAUUGAUAUAUCAAUUAAAUUUUCUUUUUCACCCAUUAUCAUUUCAUCAGUCAGACAUAAAAGACAUAUCAAAUGUGUCAUGAAUUUGAUGAAAUAUAUUGGAAAUUAUUCAUUGAAAGUCACUUUUGGCUCUUGGCACAGCCCCCAGGGCGGGGUAGCGGCAGGUGUAGCUCCGCUCGGGGCACUACCGGCUGACACCCAGGUCAGGACCCCUCUGAAGCGUUCCAGGAUCCUGAGGAUGGCGCUCACAGGGGCCUUGGAGGCACCGUCCGAGGGAGAGCCGGACCAUGAGAAGCCAUUUUUGCUGAGGGCGAUGCAGAUCGCCCUGGUGGUGACUCUUUACUGGGUCAUCUCCAUCUCCAUGGUCUUCCUGAACAAAUACCUGCUGGACACUCCCUCCCUCCGCCUGGAUGCGCCCCUCUUUGUCACCUUCUACCAGUGCCUGGUGACUGUCCUGCUCUGCAAGGCCCUCAGCCUGCUGGCCACCUGCUGGCCGGGCACCGUGGACUUCCCCUCUGUGCGGAUGGACAUGAAGGUCUCCCGGAGCAUCCUGCCCCUGUCCGUGGUAUUCAUUAGCAUGAUCACCUUCAACAACCUCUGUCUCAAGUAGGUUGGAGUGGCCUUCUACAAUGUGGGCCGCUCACUCACCACCGUCUUCAAUGUCUUACUUUCCUACCUGCUGCUCAAGCAAACCACCUCCUUCUAUGCCCUGCUUACCUGUGGCAUCAUCAUUGGUGGCUUCUGGCUUGGUGUGGA